ACUUGCUCUUUUAAGCGCUGGACGCUUUUUCCUUAAAUUUACGCCCAUCUAUUUCUAUUCUCCGAUUCCCAAUUCCUCCUUCAAAAUCGCAAACCCCAAUCUCCUCCCUCUCUUUAAAACCCUAAUCCCAGCCCUAAAUCUUACCAUCCAUCGCUCUUUUAGCUCUUGGCUUCCAUGGAGUUCCGGUUCCGAGCCGGGGAGGAGAGGCAUCCCUCGUUCCUCCCCCCGACCCCCUGUUCCUUCUCCUCCUCCUCCUCCGCUGCCGCCGGUUACUUCGCGGAACAAGCAUGGCGAGCGGAUUUUGGUGGAAUCAGAAGAGACGUGGUGCAGCCGAUGACGGCCGUGGAGUCGCUGCAGCGGUUGAUCCAGAAGGAGCGGAUCCGGGAGGAGAUCAUGAGGGAGAUGGCCCAAAGGAGGGUUCUUGAGGAGGAGGUGAGAAGGGAGAUGGAGAUCGAGCGGCUGAUGGUGAUGAGACGGGUGCAUCCAGAGAGGUUUUGUGACCCAAUGGUCGGGAGGUUCGUGCCGGAAGUGAGGCUUGGGGAUGAGAUUGAGCGGGGUCUCGGGGCGCGGGUUCCGGUAGUUGAGUUUGAUAAGAGGUUUCUGCUUGAUGUUCGCCCCAAGAUCAGGGGGGAAAAGAAGCUUCCUUUGUCACCUCAGCAGCUUGAACUUAGAAGCAUUGAGUCGUCAACCCAUGUGGAGGUUAAGCCAUCAGAGCAGAAGCUUUCUGGAACCAAGAGGAAAGCAGUGGCAAAUGCAGGAGCAGGCAAACUCCCAAAGCCCCAGAAGGACUGGAGCUGUGCUCUGUGUCAAGUGACUGCGACCAGCGAGGAGCGUUUGAACGACCACCUCGAAGGCAAGAAGCACAAGGCCAAUUUACUAAAGCUCGAGGUCAGCAAAACAGGGCUCAAGAACAAUGGCGCAACUGCUUUUAAGCCAAAGACAGCAGUUGCUACCAAAGAAGAUGCAUCUACUGAUGGUCCGAAGACUUUGAAAAUGCAAGUAGAUGGUAAAAUGCAUGAGGUACUGCAGAAUAAGAAAUUUCUGUUGUGCAAAUGCUGCAAAGUGAGGUGCAACAGCACCCUCGCAAUGGCUUCUCACCUCAGCGGUAAGAGACAUAAUUCUUGGAUGGGGGUGUCAAAGAACAAUCACAAAGAGAAAGAUUUGACAACCGAGGCUGCUAAGAAAGAUGAUGUGGAGAAGGAAGGGAAAGAUGCUGUGGAGGGAGCUGUGGAGAACGAUGUUGAGAAGGAAGAGAAAGUUGCUGCAAUGGAAGGAGCCAUGGAAACGGUGAUGUGGAGAACAAAGAGAUGCUGUGAAUGAGGGAGAAAAACAGUCAAUCUAGCUGCUGGAGAAGUAACAGGACUGGGUUAAUAUUUGAGUACUUGAAGAGAUGGGGUAGAGUAAGAAAAAGUGGGUGCACGGUUUGAAGUGCUGCGCCAACUGCUGGGUAGGGGGGUAAUCAUAGAGUUCUUAUAUUUCUACUAUGUCCAAGUUAUGUAUCAUAAACUCUGGUGAAUGACUUGUUUGCCAUUUGCUGAUGUUCUCGAUUAAUGGGACUUCUUCCUAGCUCCGGAACUUGUUAUUAGUUGAUGUUAGGUUGAUGGUCAUGAAAAUUAUGCUAAAUAAUUUCUUGGGUCCCUUUUCUGUCGAAGUUAUGUAUCAUAGAGUUUUUAUAUUUUACCAUGUCCAAGUUAUGUAUCAUAAACUCUGGUGAAUGACUUGUUUGCCAGUUGCUGAUGUUCUCGAUUAAUGGGACUUCUUCCUA